UUGGGGGCCGGCUCCAGCCGCUCUGGCGGAAUGAAGCUGCACUGCGAGGUGGAGGUGAUCAGCCGGUAUCUGCCGGCUUUGGGGCUGAGGAACCGGGGCAAGGGCGUUCGGGCGGUGCUGAGCCUCUGUCAGCAGACGCCUGGGAGUCGGCCGCGGCCCCGGUUAAGGGGCGAGCCCGGCGGCCCGCACUCCGCCUGCUUGCUCAUCUCCACCCUGAAGGACAAGCGCGGGACCCGCUAUGAGCUGAAGGAGAACAUUGAGCAAUUCUUCACCAAAUUUGUGGAUGAGGGGAAAGCCACUGUUCGGUUAAAGGAGCCUCUUGUGGAUAUCUGUCUAAGUAAGGCCAAUUCCAGCAGUUUAAAGAGUUUCCUGUCAGCUGUGAGACUGGCUCAUCGAGGCUGUGAUAUUGAGACGCCACUUUUAACCCUCACACCAGUGAAGACUUCAGAAUUUGAAAAAUUUAAAACUAAAAUGGUUAUCACUUCCAAAAAGGAUUAUCCUCUCAGCAAGAACUUCCCAUAUUCUCUGGAACAUCUUCAGGCUUCUUAUUGUGGGCUUGUCCGAGUUGAUAUGCGCAUGCUUUGCUUAAAAAACCUUCGGAGAUUAGACUUGAGCCAUAACCAUAUAAAAAAGCUCCCAGCUACAAUUGGAGACCUCAUCCACCUUCAAGAACUUAACCUUAAUGACAAUCACUUGGAGUCCUUUAGUGUAGCCUUGUGUCAGUCUACACUCCAGCAGUCCCUUCGGAGUUUGGAUCUCAGCAAGAACAAAAUUAAGGCACUCCCUGUGCAGUUUUGCCAGCUCCGAGAACUUACAGACUUAAAACUUGACGAUAAUGAACUGAUUCAAUUUCCUUUCAAGAUGGGACAGCUGAAAAACCUGCGUUUUUUGUCAGCAGCUCGAAAUAAGCUUCUGUUCUUGCCUAGUGAAUUUAAAAAUUUAUCGCUUGAGUACUUGGAUCUUUUUGGAAAUACGUUUGAACCACCAGAAGUCCUACCAGUCAUAAUGCUGCAAACACCAUUAACUUUAUUGGAAUCUUCUGCACGAACCGUAUUGCAUAAUAGGAUUCCGUAUGACUCUCAUAUCAUUCCUUUCCAUCUGUGCCAAGAUUUGGAUACUGCGAAAACCUGUGUUUGUGGAAGAUUCUGCCUAAACUGUUUCAUUCAAGGAACUACUACCAUGAAUCUACAUUCUGUUGCACACACUGUGGUCCUAGUAGAUAAUAUGGGUGGUACUGAAGCGCCUAUUAUCUCUUACUUCUGUUCUCUAGCCUGUUAUGUAAAUUCCUCUGAUAUGUUAAAGUAACGGGGGAUACCACAAAAAGAAAUUUCAUUUAGUUACAGAUAGUUUGGGACUCAUGGGAGGGGAGGAAUGUAUGUUAUUCUAACAUUGUAAAUCAUUUCAUUUUAAUUACAUUAAAAACUCAUUUAAUUUUAUUGUUGGAAUAACCUUUUAUUAGUUUAUUGCACUUGUGUGAAUUGCAGCCUAGAGUUUCCAGGAUGAGUUGUAGGGUUUUCUUUUAACGUUAAACAGAGACGGAUCCAGUCACUCUGGUCGUAAGAAUUUUCUCAUCAACUUUCUUCUUAAAUUUUAGUAAAAGAAAUUGAGUUUCUGUAUACAGACAAUACAGCUUGGAGGACUCAUUAUGUUCUAAAUUAUAGUGAAAACUCCUUUGAAAUGAAACAACAUACAAGUUUGUAACUAUACCACUUUAUGUGUUUUUCAGGCUUAUUAUUCUACAUAGGGAAUUUAUAUUCACCAAGCAUAAAGUAGGAGUUGCUUUGGGAAAACACUUACUUUUUAUAAUUUUUAUAGUGCUCAUCACAUAAUCUUUGUUGUGAUUUCUGCGUUUUUAAUUUUUAGAGUUGGAACAUGGCUUUGAGAUUGGGUGGGAGAAGGAAAAGAAAAUUGUUACCUUUUAUUGAUUACUAGUCUGUAUUAGUUUUUUUGUUUUUCAUUUUUAGCUGUUUUUUAAUUUAAAAAGUAGUGGCAAUAGAACAGCUAAAGGAUGAUGUGGAUUUGAACUAGGGCAGAAAGAAUGGAAAAGAGGGAACCAACUUGAAACCUUGGAGAAUACUGUAGCAUCUGCAGCACUAUUCCUUUCUGUUCACUCCCACUGCUCUAGUUCAAAUUAGCCUCUCAUGCACCAUUGCAGUGGCCUUGUAACUGGUUUCUGGGAACAAACGGGAGAAGUUACUGGAGAAAACCCGUUUUGGGUUUGGAGGUGGGAAGGGGUCCAUAUAAAACAAUUUCUUAUGACUUAAGUAACUAUUGCCUUAUUCCUUUGUCUCCCUGUUUCUUAUUUCGGGCAUUUUUCUUUUUUUUCCUUUUCUGAAAAUUCAGAUAUUUCUGAGUAAAUACUGUCUUAAAUAUUCUAUUUUUAUUAAAGCUUCAUUUGUAUAUGAGAGCCAAAACAUGGUUUCUACUCAGAGCUGAUCUUCUAAGAUACUAGGCAUUGGUCUAGAGGAGUAAUUCUUUGGGUGAAUUUAAAUUUGUAUUGCUAGUGGUUAAAUUCUUCUACCAAAAAACUUUUCUUCCUAGGUGUUUUUCAGUCAAAAAUAUAUACAUAUAAUGUAUAUGUGCAUUAAGUAAAAAAAGCUGCCAUUUAUCCAGUACCCACUUUGUUCCAAGUGCUUUAUAUACAGUAUUUUACACAAUCCUCACAAAUCACAUUAGGUGGCAAGUACCAUGAACCCAGAUCAGAGAUUUCAAGCCCAAGCUUUAUAACUGCCUUCUAAAGUUAAUUCACUUCUGGUCAAGAAUUCUGUAAGUAAAGUAUCUUGGGAUUUUCUAAACUCAAAAAUUGGCAAGAAAUUGUCCAUAAAUAUUGCAAAACGGCUGCAUUGCAUCAAGUCAGUUCCAACUUACAGCGACCCCAUAGGACCCAGUAGAACUGCUCCAUAGGGUUUCUAAGGAACACUUGGUGGAUCUGAACUGCCAACCUUUAUGUUAGCAGCCGUAGCUCUUAACUACUGCGCCACCAGAGUUCCACAUACUUACAAUUGACUUAAAACUCGUAUGAAAAGCAGAAUUUGUCCUCGUCAUAACCUAUACCCUUUCCCAGUUUAUUUUUCUUGGCAUUUGAUACUCAACUACAUUUUGUCCUUCAGGUAAUUACUGGGCUCAGUUCCUUUCUUUUCAUUCUGAGUUUCAACCUUCCAAUUCUCUUUUCAAUCAUGCUGCUGACCUCCUAAACCCUCCCCACUGUCAAGAUGUCCUAACAUUUUAGUACCUCCAAGAGGUUCAAGAAGAGUUUAUGUAGUUACAGACUGGUGGAUUUUUCACUUUCACUAUCUUCAGAACUUGUAGUUGGAAAUCAAUUUUGAACUCCAGCCUCACAUUCAAUACCAGUCUAAAACAGUGCUAUCCAAAAGAACUGUAAUUUGCAUUAUCCAAUAGGGUAGCCACUAGUGGCGGUUGAACGCUUAAAUCUGCUAUCCAUAGGCCUGGUUUAUCCACUUCCUUCUUCCAAAAUCUUGGGAGUCUCUUCCCAAUCAUGAUUAUGAAUUCACCCAACAUGUUCUGACUAGAAAACAAAAGUAAGAAAAGUCAAUUUUUUCCCUACUAUAUGAUUUAGCUGUAUAACCUGGUUGUAAAGUUUGACAGAGGACUCUUCUUUUAUAUAUAAAUACAAACCUCCA